UCCUUUGCACUGACAAACGUAAACCCCGCAUUGCUUCGCCUUGUAGCCGAGUCUCUUUUGCAUCUCUCGUCCUCUUUCAUAAUUGCGACAUCUUUCUCGAUCCGAAAUCCCAUUACACCCAACCGAGGUCUACCAAUUUCGGCUCUCUGACCUCCCACCCAGAUCUUAUCGGCGAUCCACUCUUGAGACCACCCACCCCCCUCCUGCUCCUCUCUCAGCCCUAGUGCUAGUUCGCCGCCGAAGGAAGCAUGCCUGCAUUGUACGAACAGUUCUUCCUUUUUGGGGACUCCAUAACGCAGGACUCAUAUAAUCAGGAGCGCGGCCACAGCUUCUCGGCGGCUUUGCAGCAUAUCUACAUCCGACGUCUAGAUGUCGUCAACCGUGGCCUCAGCGGCUAUAACACCAGGCAAGCGCUCACAGUGCUGCCCAGCAUAUUUCCUUCCCCCGAAGAAGUCCGCAUUCGAUUCCUGAUGAUCUUUUUCGGUGCCAAUGAUGCUUCAUCUCCCAAAACCGAGAACAACCAGCACAUCCCGCUGGAAGACUACAAAGAGAACCUGCAAAAGAUAAUCACCCAUCCCCUUGUCUUAGCGCACAAACCACGGAUUCUUCUCGUUGCACCACCCCCGAUCAAUGAGCAUCUACAAUUCAUCUCCGACAAAGCCAAGGGGUACAGCAGAGUCUCAAGAGUCGCUGCCACAACUAAAAGCUAUGCGGACGCUGCCUGCGAAGUUGGGAAGAAGCUCAACGUGCCUGUUGUCGAUCUGUGGAGAGCUUUCAUGUCUAGGGCUCAUUGGAAUGCUGCCACCUGGAAUACGGGUGACCCUCUUCCUGGAUCCUUGGAUAUAGUUCAAAACGAUGUACUGGCGGGGCUCAUGUAUGACGGUCUCCAUUUCAGCGCUGCUGGAUACGAUGUCCUGUUUGAGGAGACGAUGAAGGUAAUAGCAGCCGAAUGGCCGGACCAACUCCCAGAGAAGUUGCCGACGGUCCUUCCUGGUUGGAAUGAUGUCGCCGCCUGGAGUGCCUUCGAGACAUCUUAG